AGAUGCGAGGGGAGGGGAGGGGCGGGAGCAGGUGAGCCCGGAGAAGGACCUGGCCUGAAGGGAGAGAGAGGCCUGCAAGCCUGCGGUGCCCGGCGAGUGCCGAGACCGGGAUCCGCUGCCCCUCCCGCCCCCGCUCCGCAGCGCGGCUCUCUUCUCUUGCUCCUCUGCGCCUUUCCUCGCUCCGUUGCCAGCCACGGGAACCUCUUGGGGUAGUCCUGUCGGAUCAAACCAAGGAUGGAGAAAAAGAAAAUUUUAAUGAAAUCUAACGUUGCUGCUUCUAACCUUCUGAGAGCAUUACAUUCUCUCUAUCAGUUUGGUCACUUCUGUGAUGUGACAAUACAUACAGACCAGCUAGGAAUCCAGGCAAAUUUUUUUGUUCAUAAAGCUGUAUUAGCAGCUUCCAGCAAUUACUUUAGAAGCCUGUUCCUUGAAGACGAGAUGCUGAAUGCCAAGAAUUGCAAGGUGACUCUCCCAGAUGUUCACACUGAAGAAUUUGUCUCCUUCCUAAAGUUUAUCUACACAACAGAAGUAGAAAUUGAAGUGGACAAACUGCACCGGAUGGAGGAGGUAGCUGAAAGACUUGAAUGUAGGGAUCUGCUUGAUGUGUUUAAAGAAAUGAAAGCCAUGGAUUUAAGUGUCCACUUGACAAGACAUGAAAGUGGUAAGUCCCCAUGGAAUCAAGCAGAGCAAAUAGAAGAAAUGGAGCAGAGUGAUUUGUCCCAAAUUUUGGCAACACCUAUGAAGAGAAAGCUUUGGGACAGAAAGAAACAUCCCAAACUGUCAGCUACCUAUGAUGAUGAUGAGGAUAAUUCUGGACAUCAUUAUAAACAUGAACUUGUUCCUGCUAAUUCUAUAGAUGAGAAGGUAACAUCAGCCAGACAUAAUAAUGUGAACAUAUAUGACACUCACGAUACAGACAUGGUCUGCCAGGAAGAAAAUAAGACCAGUGCUGCUUUAUUAAAUCAGGUGGACACAAAAGAAGCUGACAUUGUAAUAAGUAAGGUACUUCCUGGCCAGAAAGAGGAUGAAAAUAGUUUGGUGCUUGGUGAAGUCAAACUUAGAAAAUCACCACGCAGCAUAUCCAAAGUUUUGCCACAGAUAUACGCAUGUGAGAAGUGUAAUCUUUCCUUCCAUUUUGCAAAGCAGUACCAGUCACACAUGGAACUAGGGCAUGGCAUAAAUUUGGUCAUUAAAUAUAGUUGCAGUAUAUGUGACCAGCUCUUUUCCAAUGGCCAAAAUCUAAGACAGCACAGGCUCACUGUUCACAACAAUGAGCGGCGCUUCCCUUGUGUGCUGUGUGACAAAAAGUUUAAGCGCCAGAAGGACAUCAAUGAUCACAUCCGGAGGGUGCAUGAAAAGAAACGGAAUCCUCAAAGGUGUCCCUACUGUGACAAGGUGAUCAGCUCCAAAUGUGGCCUGACAGUUCACAUUCGAACACACACAGGAGAGAAGCCUUAUAAGUGUGAAUGUUGCCCAGCAAGUUUUGCUCAGAGGUCUGCCUUCAAUACUCAUGUGAGAAAAAUGCAUGAAUCCAAACAAGAUGGGAAACUCAUGUCAGGUUACUGGAUGAUAGUGCCACCAGCAGAAAGAGCAGAUAUUACGGACAGGGAAAGUGACGUGAAUAAUAAUACAUGUUAUGAAGAACCAAAUACUGACUUGAAAAAAGAAAUGGUGGGUGAAAAAACAAGGGAGCUUGAGAGGGAAUCCAGGAGUUCUGCUAUGGAAGCAGAGCCUGACAACAAAGAAGAAAGGCAGGAACAGUGUGAUGAAACUGGUAUUACGAGGAGAAAAGCAGAAGGCAGUAUUAAAGGAGAAAAGGAAAGGGAUUGUGAAGAUGGCAGCAAAGAUAAUGAGGUGCUCUCUUCUGAUGACAAUGAAAAUUAUUCAAAUGAUCAAAAUGCAGAAGAAAAUGAAUCCGAAGUAGACUACAGAGUAAGAGAAGUAAACAAAAACAAGAUCACUAAGAAAUUGGCCUAUGUUAUAUCAUGUAACACAUGUGCUGAGAAGUUCACAUCACGGAAAAAAUAUGUUGAUCACUGCAAAGAUAUCCAUCACUCCUUGCCUGGUAAAGUUUAUCAGUGUGACGUUUGCAGCAAGUCUUUUGCUAGUUACAACAGCUGGAAAGAGCACAGGUCCUGUGUGCAUACAGAAGAUCGGCAGUUUGCCUGCACCCUCUGUAAUGCCACCUUUAAACGAAAGAGGGAUGUGAGGACGCACUACUUGCGGAAACACGAAGGACGAGUGAAGCGCCCCCUGUGUUCUGUCUGCGGGAAGAUACUGAGUUCUAGAACAGCGCUUGUCUUUCACAUGAGGACACACACGGGAGAGAAGCCCUACCAGUGUGGCAUUUGCUGCUCCCGAUUUGCUCAGCCAUCGCAGCUCAAGAUUCACACCAGGUCCCAUACAGGCGAGAAGCCAUAUAUUUGUGAGGACUGUGGGGCGUGUUUUGCAGAUAAAGGCAAACUUAACGGUCACAAGAGGACACAUACAGGAGAGCGUCUCUUUAAAUGUGAUGUGUGUGAGAAACAUUUUGCUACCAAUGAAUACUUAAAAUGCCACAAACGCUGCCACAUGGGAGCUAAACCAUAUAAGUGUGAUGUGUGUGGGAAAACAUUUGGACUGAGAGCCUCAUUAGCCCAACACAGUAAUGUCCAUGCAGAGACACCUCCUUAUUUCUGUGAGCAGUGUGGAAAGACAUUUACUCAGCAAGGAGCCCUCAGGCGCCACCAGCGUAUUCACACUGGAGAAAAACCAUAUAAAUGCAGGGCUUGCGAGAGAACCUUCACAGAUAUGUCCACCUUGAGGAGGCAUGUGCUGGUCCAUGAUCGGAAUGCUCAUUGGAGGAGUUUCUUAAUAGAUCUUACUAUCAAAAAGGAUCAUAAUUGGUCCAAAAUAGAAACUUUAUCUAAUAUCUGUGUGGGAGAGGACUCUGCUCCGAUUUGGUCAGGUGGCCAAGGUAAACUUUAUAAACCAGAAACCCUGAGUGUAAAAAAAGCAGAACAUGUGUCAUGUAGUAGUAGUGAUGUGAGAGAGCCUGACCAUUCCCUUACGUACUUAUAAUUACAAACAGGCAAAGCACAUCAUGGGCAUCUGCAUUUCUCAUCAUACCUCCCACAUGUGGGUACCUCAUGCUGUUCGCUCACAAGUUCUAUUACGAACCAUACCCUCAGAAGGGAAACACGACCACAGGCUGCUCAGGGGCUGUUGUGGGGUUACUUGUUGACAAGAAGUGUAACUUUUUAGCUUGGAGACUCUUCCUUUUAAUGCUGGCUUCAUUAGGAGUCCUUAAGGUGGUGGGAGGGGAGGAGUGGGGAGCUCUUGUUAGGAGAGCCAAUGUGGUAUGUCUGAGCGUUGGGACUGGGGCUGUGAAAACCAGAUCUGCACUCUGCCAUGAAGCUCCCGAGGUGACCUUGGACUAGGCCCCUUUCUCUCAACCUAUCUCACAUGGUGGUUGUGAGGAUAAACGGACAAGAGGGCGGCAGAAAUUGCUCUAAGGUCCUGGUUGAAAGGGCUGGAGAAACAUAACUAAUCAGUGGAAAAACUGAGCAGGAACUGUUCAGGUGUGCAUAACAAGCUUUAGCAUCUGUAUCCCCAAGUGCCCCUGUUCGCUAUAAGGUUACAGAGUUUCAAAAACAUCUUUGGACUGUGUUCUUGGAAAGCUAGUAAGGGAGUAUGGGCAGUGGGAAAUUCCUACAAAGAAAGGGAUGUAAGGGCUCCAGCCUGUAUGAUUGCUCUGCCACAUACACAAUAAGGAAGCGCCGUACCUUAAUUCUAAGCGUGUGGGGAUUAGUUGCAAAUGUUUACUGGUGAGUGAAAGGUGUCCUGUAUAUGAUCAGAGUAACUUGUAUUAUUUCAUAUCAGUUUCUUUAAAGAAGAGGCAUGGCCAAAGAUGGUGCGGGUGGGGGGGAGGGUGAUGAUAAUGGGCAUGGUUAAAGGUAAAAGGGUAAGACAAUAAGACAAAACCAAUAGUUUUCCCCCCAAUGCUUAUAUUGUUACGGUUAUUUGACCUUAACAUAUAUAACAUGUAUGGAAGGAGAAGUAUUUGCCAUGGGGGAGACAUGAAGAAAGGGCAGGAUGUCUUGGAGUUCAGUGAAUAUAGGGCAAGUGGGAUAUAUUGCUACCUCCAACCCUACUCCAUUCCAGAGAGCUGGGUGAGGCACUUCAAGAAAAAUUGCUCCAUCCAUGUUAAAUUGGCAAAAGGGAAAUCAAGGCUGCAUGGGCCACCCAAGGGGUUAUACGCUUAUUUUAAAGGGGGUGGAGGCUUGCAAAGGGUGUCCUAUUCCUCGUUUGAAGGGACACUUCUCACUUUUUUUUAGAAUGAAGGGGCUGACUCAUUUGCUCAGUUCUGCAUGUAUCAUUUUAAAGGGCAUAAGAAUAUUCUGUUUUAUAACUGGUAUAUGACGACAAAAUUACAGAUCUCCCCUCCCCUUGACUAAUCAGUUAUAUUAUGGCAUCUGUUUUUAAGCCUAAUAUUUUCUCAAGGUGGUAACUUGUUAGCCAACGUUACGAAGUGAAGAAGGCUUAUGAGAACACAAUGUCUGUGUGUAUGUCCAUGUCCCCACUCCCAUAACUUUUGUGUUUACAGUCCGAUACAAACCAAAUUUACAGUACAUGAGAGGAAGCCCUAGGGAGUCUUGAUGGGGGCAUUUUUAUUCUGACCUGCCAUCUUGAACCAAGGCAGCAGCCACUCAGAUUGUAAGCAACACUCAGGUACACAUAACUCAUGUGUGUACAGUCAGAUACAAACCAAAUUCACAACACAUGAGAAGAGCAAUUGCAGUAUGCCCAAUAGGAGUAUUUUAUUAUGACCCACUAUCUUGAAACAAGGAGCAGCCACUCAACUGAUAAGUGUCAAAAGAAGCAGAGAGUAGGUUUCAUUAGUUCUAUUUAGAACGAAGUUUCAUAAUAGAUAGUUUAUUAAUGUGUUGCAUUAAUGUACACAUGCAAAUAUAUGUAUUUAGUGUAAGGAUACUGGCCCUGCAUGGCAUAUGGGACCUACUAUGCAGUGUUAGGCUAAUGGAAAUUAAGUCAGAACAAUGUUCUGCUGUUCUGGCUAGAGCAAUAAUUAAGAACAUUUACAGGAUUAAUUCAGAUAGGUGUUUUAAAUGCUCACUAUCUAAUGGUACAAAUACACAUAUGUUCUUAAAUGUACAGUGAUCCAGAAAUGUUGGAACAAUGUAAGCAAAAUAUAUAUCUGUGAUAGUUGAAACAAUUUUACUUUGCAGUUGAACAAAGGGUUGGGUGACUAAAGAAAUGCAGGGUUUUUUUCCCAUUGAAUCUAACGUAGCAGCUAAGCCGAUAAUUAUGAAACAUCAAAAACAUUUAUCUGUAAAUUGUCAAGGAAAAUAUGGGACAGCUUAAUAUUAUUAAAAUUGUCACAGUUUGCUUACUUGAGGAAUAUGUUUUAAAGCAGGGGUUUGUUCAAAACUGGCCUUUAUUUCACCUUGGAAUGUUAGAUAAAAUAAAAGGAUGGAGCUGCUACAUUAUUGUUUUUGUGAUCUGUUUGAUUGUAUUCUUUGUCCCUUUUUUGUUAAAUAAAUAUUUUUUUAAAGGCA